AUGUUGAUUGAUGGUCAGGAUGAAACAGCAAAAGUACUUGGACGAGACAAAGAAUUCAUUUCUCGACUGGUAGAAUGGUGUGGAGUUGAAGAGCAUGCCGGUGUUAAAGGAGAAGCAACCAGACUUCUUGCAUGGAUAAUCAAAAACAGUAAGAAUGCUGAAGUAAUGAAAAAUAUUGUGCGAGCCGAUGGAGUCCAGUACCUAGUCACCAUGGCAACCUCAGAACACUAUUUGAUGCAGAAUGAGGCUUUGAUUGCUCUGACCUUGAUUGUUGGCUCCUCAGUCUUGGAUGAGGCUGCCAUGGCCUUGAAAGAAGCUGAGCUGAUUGAGGUUAUCGCCAAUCUACUGAAGAGCCAACAAACUCUACCCAAUAUCAUUGCCAACACAUUAUCUUUGACUAGAGCUCUUGUCAUGGCAGUCUCACAUCGCCCCCCUCAGCUGGCCCAGUGUACUCUCCUUGCCUGCACCGGUAUGCUUUCAAAUAUGCAAAGCAAUUUGCGCGAGGAAUUGAUGUGUGCUGGUAUUCCUGAUUUAGCUAAACAACUCAGUUCACAUGAGAAUGAAGAUGUUCGAAAUGCAGCAGAGAUGCUUAUCAAUGUCUUGGAAGAGGGUCCCUCAGUGGAAAGAUGA